AUGAGCUCCUGGAGCAGAGAGGAAAGAGACACCACAAAAAGCCAAGCGGGGACUGCGGGUCGGACCUUAACGUGGGGUCGCCACCGAUUCCGCGCCUGGGUGGCUGGACCGGUCACGGAGGGAAAACACGCGGGCGACAGGGGUGGGGUGACGGGGCGCCACGGGCGUCAGGUGCAGGCUCUCCAGUGGUCCGGAGCAAGGCUAGGGGAGACGGCGCACGCACGGGGAAACGCGCGCAGGAGACCCUGCGGUUUCCUGGUCUGUGAACUUCCCCUCUUGCUCAAGUUCACCUGUGACUCCAAAAUCAGCGCCUGGGUGCUCUCCCCGCCGUCCCUGCGCACAGCUCGGAGGCCCGGGUGCGCCGCGCGGGGAAACGCCCCCGCAGGGCCCAAUGCGCCCGCACUGACGCGCCUCGCCGUGACUCGACAGCUCCGAGAAGCCGCGCGACUGUUCGAGAAGAGGCGAGGCGUGGGCGGGCAGCGGAGGGCGCCAUUGGCUGGCCCGCAGUGA